AUGUCAAAGAUACCCAUCUUUCGUUAUCUCUUCACUGUCGUAACCCUCUUCUUUACCCAGUCUUAUGCGAUGCCUCCUCCCGCCAGUAUGUCAGCGCCCGCAGCCGCGCCUUCAGCCUCAGUCUCCUCCGUUGGGCAAUCUGGUGGCAGCGGAGGAGGAGUAUACAAUCAACUUAUCAUUUCGUACCGCGACAAUCUCUGCCUGUCCAUUGUAGGAGGCAAUAUCGCAUCGCCCAAAGAAGGUAUGGCGGUUCAGUCCCUCCCUUGUAAAUCCGCCACAACCUGGAAUGUCAAUCGUGGUCAAACGCUCAUCACGCUUGCGGCGGAUGUCUCGCUCGCGCUGGACGCGAAGGAUCUGGUAGAUCAUGGUGAAGUGACACUUCAGAAGACAAGCACAAACCUGCCAGAACAGACAUGGUAUUUUACCAACGACAAUUACAUCGCAGUGAUGAACUCCACGCAAUGCUUGGACGAAGGUGUCAAUGGAGUCCAGCUCUACACUUGUCAGACAAACAAUGAUAAUCAAGCGUGGUACGUCCUCCCUGCCGAAAACGCCCCCGACCCGAGCAUGACAUACACCGACGUGACUUCGACGCAAAGUGCAAGCGUUAGUACCGAUACGAGCUUGACCAUCAGUACCGGUAUCAGCACAAGUUCCAUGGCGAGCAUCAGUGUCAAUACGGCCAGCGCUGCUAGCCUCAGUGCCAGCGCUUCGGCAGCUCCCAGUGGCAGUGCCACCUCUCAACAGCUUAUCAAUGGUAUUCAGUGGAAUCCAUUCGCCUCGGACACCAGAAGUGGAUCUAUCGUGUCUUCCGCUGGAGCGAGCGCCACAUCAUCAGCAACAGCUUCCGGAUCUAUCUCCCCCAACAUGUGA